AGUAUUCCUGAACUGUCAGUGGAAUUGUGGAGUGCUCGCGAGACAUGUGUGCGAAUUAAUUGAUUUUCUCACUCGGUCUGGAACAAUGCUAGAGAUAUUUUGUUUGAGAAAUAGUGCUUAAUGCCUAAACAGUGCGGUUAGAAGAAAUAUCUUAUUCAGCAGUCAGUCAGUUUACUUAAAAAGUGGCCCCUACCCUAAGUUUACGGAAAAUUUUCUGAAGGGCCAUUGUUUCGUGCUUUGGCGGCUGGGAAGGAUGUGAAUAUUCUCGAAAUUAUCGAUUUAGUAUGCUUCUGUAAGGAGAUUUUUUUUCUGGUGCGCCUUAGCAAAGAAACGGAAAGGGAACAUCAUCUAGGAGGACUUUAUCAGGAUUAUGCGGAGAAGAUUGUGAUCAACUGGCGCCAAAAUGAUGAGAUAUUCAGAAAUUCCACAUGAUUUCUCAUCAGACAGUCUCCACUUUGCCGAGCUUACUGAGGAGCAAAUGUACAGGAAUUCACGAGAUGAGUCGCCACCGAGUGAUUUGUCUUCGCACAGUGGUCCAGCUCUGCCUCUGAUUGGGAGUUCUGGCUCGGCAGAGAAGAAAUUCUCAGAGCACUUUCACACACGACACCAUUACACCCUCUCGAGGGAUCCUAGGGCCAAAAAACUGUCUCUGGGCAGUGGAAAUGGCAUCCUCAGCACUUCAAGUGGACACGAGUACGGCUAUAUCAAUCAUGGGCUCGUCAGUUCGAAGAAGUGCAACAGUUUACCGACAAAUUCUACAAUGCAGGAUUUUGAUACGCAAACCGUGAGCGCUCUUCGUUUGUCUCCUGAGGAUUUAGCCAGUCAAAUCACCCUUUUAGACUUCCCAGUAUUUGCAGCCAUUCAGCCCGAUGAGCUCACGAGUUGUGCUUGGACAAAAAAGAACAAGACCACAGUGACGCCCAAUAUUGUAGCUUUCACGAAACGCUUCAAUCACACGAGUUUUUGGACAGUGCAGGAGAUUCUCAAUGGGACCACACCUAAAAUUCGUGCGGAGUUGCUUGGGCACUUUAUACGUGUGGCCAAGAAGCUCCUAGAGCUCAAUAAUCUUCAUUCCCUCUUUGCCAUUGUCUCAGCCAUGCAGAGUGCCAGUAUCUAUCGAUUAGCCAAGACUUGGUCUUGCCUCAGUCGCAAGGAGAAGCAGACCUUUGAUCGGCUUGCCGACAUUUUCAAUGAUCGUAACAAUUGGGCCAAUCUGCGGGAGUAUUCAGAGAGUUUGAAGGUGCCCUGCAUACCCUAUAUUGGUCUUUUCCUCACCGAUCUCAUAUACAUCGAUUUAGCCUUUCCCCACACUGGAGGUGGCCUCGAGCCGGAGCAGCGUAAGACGCAGAUGAACAAUAUUCUAAGGGUCAUCGCCAGUUACCAGGGCUCUUACUAUGGACACAUCCAACCCCUUCCACAUGUCCAAAAGUACCUGCAGAACGUAAGGUUCAUCGAGGAGCUCCAGAAUAUUUUUGAGGAGGAUCAGUACAAGAAAUCUCUCAAAUUGGAGCCCUCAUCUUCCGUACCGAGUUCAUUUUCAGCCAACACAACAUCAAAGGAUGGUGGAUCUUGCAAUGUAGAUUCUGUGGCAAUUGCUUCGUUGAAUCUUUCACCAGCGAAAUCAGUGUCUGCCACAAUAUCCUCAAGUUCAGCUUCCACAGCGUCUAAAUUUGUUCCGGGCCACCGGAAGAGUCGCAGUCUUGGGACAAAAUGUCGUAGCACGAGUUUGCCGCGCAAUUUUCAUCAGCAAAUAUGUGCUUGUCCAGCGUUUUCUGUGGCCAGAACUCUUCCAUCACAUAGAUGCAAGUGUCGCAUCUUCAGCAAGACAUGCCAAGUUGGAGUGGCUCCAAUGACAAAUUCUUGUUCAGAAUCUUUGGAUACUUCAACACAGUCUCAACAAUCGCGUCAUCUGCUGGAUGACUCUGUGCUAGAGGACAGAAUGCUGCCCGAUGCUAUUUCGACGGCAAGCUCAGAUGGGGUAUUUGGUGGCUUUGAGCUGGACGGUGACGCUGCCCAGGAGUCUCUUGAGUUUCAGGGAUGCGUUAGGCGAAAGACUGUGCUGAAGGAUGGCCGGAAACCCGCUGUGGCCUCUUGGCAGCGAUACUGGCUGCAGAUCUGGGCCAAUUCCCUCGUCUAUUUCCCGCCAAAGUCUUUUAAAGGCAAUGAUCGGGCUGACUUCAAGCGUGAACCAUGCAAAGUUUGUCCUCUGGAUGGAUGGAGGGCUGAACAGGUGGACAAUAUUCAACAAGCAAAUACCUUUCAACUCGUAAAUAUGGCAACUAGCACAAUCUACAAAUUCCGCACGAGUUCUCCCAAAUUCACAACAAUGUGGCUUGAGUCUCUAAAUCGGAUCUCACAACAGAACACUGAGAAGCAACUUCCGGUGAAUCUUAUGUCGUUCGAAUGAAGCUCUCAAUUUUACCCAAAAAAAGAUAAAAUAAGGAAACUCCCCGAAAAUGAUCAUUAUUAGAGAUACAAAUGGAAAUGAUAAAUUACCUCUUGAAAAUUUGAUAUGAAAAACAAAAAAAAAUCUCUUUUAGACGGAUGUUUAGUAUAAAGGAGUCUCUCUUAUAUGGCUACUACUGGAAGACUGAUGAAUUUUAUCUGAUAAAUUUAAUAAAUAAAAACAAUAUAAAUAACUGAAAA